AGUACUGUCGGUCCACAUUGGCCAAGGCGGCGUCCAAAUGGGCAAUGCUUGCUGGGAAUUAUAUUGUCUGGAACAUGGCAUACAACCUGACGGCAUGCUUCCGCCUCAGAGCUGUUCUAGCGAUGAGGGUUUUCAAACUUUCUUCAGCGAGACCGGCGGUGGAAAAUACGUCCCGCGAGCUGUAUUUCUGGACCUUGAGCCUACAGUCAUUGACGAAGUUCGGACAGGAACCUACCAUCAGCUAUUUCACCCCGAACAGCUAAUUUCCGGUAAAGAGGAUGCAGCGAACAAUUACGCUCGAGGACACUAUACUCUGGGAAAGGAAAUAAUCGACCUGGUUCUGGACAGAAUUCGCAAAAUCGCCGAUAUGUGCACCGGUCUCCAAGGAUUCCUAAUUUUCCACGCAUUCGGUGGUGGUACCGGUUCAGGAUUCACCAGCCUUCUAAUGGAGCGCCUCUCCAUGGACUAUGGCAAGAAAGCUAAACUCGAGUUCGCCAUUUACCCCUCUCCACAAAUUUCCACCGCGGUGGUAGAACCUUACAACGCCAUCUUAACUACGCACACGACACUAGAACACUCGGACUGCGCGUUCCUUGUCGAUAACGAGGCGAUCUACGAUAUCUGCAGGCGAAACUUAGAUAUAGAAAGACCAACCUAUACGAAUUUGAAUAGAUUAAUUGGACAAAUAGUGUCUUCUAUCACGGCUUCUUUGAGGUUCGAUGGAGCUCUGAACGUGGAUCUAAUGGAGUUCCAAACGAAUUUGGUCCCGUAUCCCAGGAUUCACUUUCCUUUGGCUACAUACGCGCCAAUUGUUUCGAUUGAAAAAGCUUAUCAUGAGCAAUUGACGGUGAUGGAGUUAACGUCGUCUUGUUUCGAGCCUGCAAUGCAAAUGGUCAAAUGCAAUCCACAGAGAGGAAAAUAUAUGGCGUGCUGCUUAUUAUAUAGAGGUGAUGUGGUCCCGAAAGAUGUGAACGCGUCUAUUGCGACUAUUAAGACGAAGAGGGCGAUACAGUUCGUCGAUUGGUGCCCCACUGGUUUUAAGGUAGGAAUUAAUUACCAACCACCAACAGUAGUCCCUGGAGGAGAUCUCGCCAAAGUACAACGAGCGAUGGCAUUGCUUGCAAACACUACUGCAAUCGCUGAGGCAUGGACCAGACUAAAUAGAAAAUUUGAUCUCAUGUUCGGCAAACGUGCAUUUGUUCAUUGGUACGUGGCAGAGAGUAUGGACGAAAGUGAAUUUAACGAAGCCAGAGAGGAUCUGGCCGCUUUAGAAAAAGAUUACGAAGAAGUUGGCAUGGACUCGACGGACGCUGGCGAAGGUGAAGAUGAAAACUAAAUAGACGACAUGUUCCUGUCAGAAAACCAUCUUUUUACACAGGAAUAUUUUAGGAGAACGACCAAUUCCCACAACUAUUUUGUAUAAACUGUACACUGUUUUCGUUGAUUUUGUUUGUACUUGUCAUUGUUUUAAUAGAUAGCAUUAUUUUUAAUGUACAUAUACACAUUUGUAAACUUUUAUAUUGUAAAUAAAGGUUUAUUUUUUU